ACCAGAAGACACACGUUCUGUAGUGCGUUUAAUCUCGAAUAACACAGAACACACGGUGUAGUGAGUGGACAAGUACCUAUUUACACAUUUAAAAACCAGCAACACUGGGAGGCUUCCAGCCUAUUCGCUUACAUUUCCGGGUCACCUGUCAACCGAGCGGAAGUGGAGAGGAUGGUACGGGAAGGCGGUGUCCUGUAGCCCCAGGCGACAGCGAGACGAGGCGUGUCUGCAGUUUGAAUGGGCGGAUCUGAAGUGACUCUCAACCACUAGAGAGCAAGGGGUGGUGAGACUGCGUGGCCCGCAGUGUGCAGCAGCCGGCGGAGCUCGGUUGCCAUAGUAACCGAAGGAAGGUGUUGGCGGCGUGGUCCUGGUACUUCGGUCCCAGUGUCUAGAUCGUGAAACCAUGAAUCAUAGUGAGAGAUUCGUUUUCAUUGCAGAGUGGUAUGAUCCAAAUGCUUCACUCCUUCGACGUUAUGAGCUUUUAUUUUACCCAGAAGAUGGAUCUGUUGAAAUGCAUGAUGUAAAGAAUCAUCGCACCUUUUUAAAACGGACCAAGUAUGAUGACCUGCGCUUGGAAGAUUUAUUUAUAGGCAACAAAGUGAAUGUCUUUUCUCGACAACUGGUGUUAAUUGACUAUGGAGAUCCAUACACAGCUCGCCAACUGGGGAGCAGGAAAGAAAAAACAUUAGCCCUGAUUAAACCAGAUGCAGUAUCAAAGGUUGGAGAAAUAAUUGAAAUCAUAAACAAAGCUGGGUUUACUAUAACCAAACUCAAAAUGAUGACACUGUCAAGGAAAGAAGCAGCAGAUUUUCAUGCAGACCACCAGUCGAGGCCCUUUUACAAUGAGCUGAUCCAGUUUAUUACAACUGGACCUGUUAUUGCCAUGGAGAUUCUAAGAGAUGAUGCUAUCUGUGAAUGGAAAAGGCUGCUUGGCCCUGCAAACUCUGGACUGGCACGUACAGAUGCUCCUGGGAGCAUCAGAGCCCUCUUCGGAACAGAUGGGAUAAGAAAUGCAGCUCAUGGCCCAGAUUCUUUUGCUUCUGCUGCCAGAGAAAUGGAAUUUUUUUUUCCUUCGAGUGGAGGCUGUGGACCAGCAAACACAGCUAAAUUUACCAGUUGCACCUGCUGUAUCAUUAAGCCUCAUGCUGUCAGUGAAGGACUUUUGGGAAAGAUCCUUAUGGCUAUUCGAGAUGCAUGUUUUGAAAUUUCAGCUAUGCAGAUGUUCAACAUGGACCGGGUUAAUGUUGAAGAAUUCUAUGAAGUUUAUAAAGGAGUAGUAUCUGAGUAUAAUGAAAUGGUGACCGAAAUGUAUUCUGGCCCUUGUGUAGCAAUGGAGAUUCAACAGAAUAAUCCUACAAAGACAUUUCGAGAAUUCUGUGGACCUGCUGAUCCUGAAAUUGCCCGGCAUUUACGCCCUGGAACCCUGAGGGCAAUCUUUGGUAAAACUAAGAUCCAGAAUGCUGUGCACUGUACCGAUCUGCCAGAGGAUGGCCUCUUAGAGGUUCAGUACUUCUUCAAGAUCUUGGACAAUUAGCAGGACAGAAAGUAAAGACGUAACAGAGUGGGGCCUUUAGACAAGAAUGAAUCACGGACAUGAGGAAUGUGUUCAUUCUUUUAUUGUCCAUUGUUUUAACCUGACUGAUACAAGAUCAACAAGAGCACUGUACUCCUGGCAAUUAUUACAUAUGUUAGAACAUGGAUUUGCACUGUAGACAACAUUUAACACCAGUCUAUGGGGUACUGCAUUGCUUUUAUAAAGUUCAAAAUAAAGAUUUAUUUUCAAACAAGUGACUUUGGUUUAUUUCAUACAUUACACUUUUUCUUGCAGAAAAAAAUAAAAUUGUACAACUGCAUAAAUAUAAAAUUCUUCCACCAUGAAAAUGGUUAAAACAUUCAUAAAGACACAGCACCAGCGUGUGAUGCCUCCAGAGAAAGGAAAAAAGGAAAAGAAAAUGUACAAAGCAAACUAACUAGCCCUGUCACUAACCAAAGUGACAGGCGGAGCCAGAUCUCAGACACAGCUUUAGAAUACACUGGAGGACCAGGGAGGAGAUGUCAAGACAGCAUUCGGUAUAAAGCACAACACAACCCAUCACCUUUUUUGUGUUUUUCUGUGGUGUCACUUAAAAGGGCAGUUCCCCCAUGACAGCCCACCCCCCACCCAAGCCCCAGGGAAAAAAAUAACAAAGUAAUACCUAACAUCACAGGAGAAGACUAUGGAGUGUGUGUUAAAAAUGUUCAUUGAUGGGCCAUUAUCUUGGAAAGAGCCAAACAAACAAACAAAAAAAAA